AUGGCUUCCACCGAUCGCAGACAACCUCCAUGGGCUCCCCCUACCCAAGCAGAAUCUCAGACGAAACUGCCCAACUUGAAAAUAUACAACACCUUGACUCGAAAGAAGGAUGUUUUCAUUCCAGUCGAUCCAACAGGGAAGAGCGUGACGUGGUAUGCGUGUGGACCCACAGUGUAUGAAGAUGCCCAUCUAGGACAUGCAAAAAACUACGUCUCAACCGACAUUAUCCGCCGCAUAAUGAAGGACUAUUUCGGCUUCCAAGUCAAGUUCGUCAUGAAUACGACUGAUAUCGACGAUAAGAUCAUUGUGUCCGCCCGUCAGCAGUACCUCUUUGCGCGGUUCAAGGAAGAGCAUGCAUCUCGAGACAACGCUGCUAUAAGCCCUGCAGUUCUGGAGGCUACUGAGGCCGCGUACCGGACAUAUAUUGGAAAAAAUCUCCCAUAUCUGCCCCCUGAUACGAGCCCGGAGAGAUUCUCCGAGGCAGUGUCGAAGGCAUAUGAGGACAAGCUAGACUCUGCUCGGGGUCAAGCGCUCACUGUCGACGACUUACUAUUGAGAGCAUACAUCGACACAGCACGGUCUGCCGUCGAGGCUCUGGGGGCUCCGGAAAACGUAUCUGAAUUCUUCAUGAAGACGAAAGAUGUCUUGCUACCGUAUCUUGAUGCGCUACAUGGGCCAUCGCUGCCAUCAGAUAAUUACCAGAUCUACAUGAACCUGUCGCGGAAAUUCGAACGCCGCUUUUUCGAAGACAUGACUGCGCUUAAUGUCCAAUAUCCGGAUGUCAUCACCCGUGUAACGGAAUAUGUCCCUGAGAUUAUUGACUUCGUUCAACAAAUCAUCGCUAAUGGUUUCGGCUACGCCACCCUCGACGGUUCCGUCUAUUUCGAUAUCGACUCAUUUGAGAAGGCUGGACAUCACUAUUCUAAGCUAGAGCCUUGGAGUAAGAACGAUUGCUCUCUCCAAGCGGACGGUGAGGGCUCGCUGUUCAAAGGAAAGUCGAUGAAACGGAACGAGAAUCAUUUCGCAUUGUGGAAAGCUAGCAAGCCAGGUGAACCGGCAUGGCCAAGUCCAUGGGGAAAUGGGCGGCCAGGAUGGCAUAUUGAGUGCUCUGCGAUGGCCUCCGAAGUCAUUGGGAAGACUAUUGAUAUUCAUUCUGGAGGCGUAGAUCUCUGCUUUCCCCAUCAUGACAACGAACUGGCUCAAUCGGAAGCUUACUGGUCGACCCCAGGCAGUCCGGCGCAGUGGGUGAAUUAUUUCAUACAUAUGGGACAAUUGAGGAUUCGAGGCUUGAAGAUGAGCAAGAGCCUUAAGAACUUUACGACGAUCAGAUCUGUUCUCUCGGAGAAACAGUGGAGUGCCCGCUCUCUUCGAAUAUGCUUUCUUUUGAUGCCUUGGCAGGAUGGGAUUGAGGUGACAGACGAGCUCACGAAGGCAGUAAUUGGCUGGGAGGGCAAGCUCAACAACUUUUUCUUGAACAGCUUGCACGUGUUGAGGCAUUCCAUGGCGGAUGCCAUAAGAGAACAAGGCCUUGAAACUACAGACCAGGAGUUGAUAGACGCCCUGGACAAGGCGAAAUCCAACGUUGACGCAGCUCUUUGCGACUCUUUCAACACCCCGGCAGUUAUGAAAAUACUCUCUGAUCUCAUCACCCAGACAAACUCAGCGGAGCAACUCUCAAACAAAACAGUCAUUCUGCUAGCGCGAUGGAUAACGCGGAUUGUUACCAUAUUUGGUCUCGAUCCUGAGGGGGAUCUGAGCAAUUCGGAACGCAUAGGGUGGUCAGGAUUAGAUAUUCCGGCACCAGCAAAACCCUACAUUUACCCUGCAUCUCGGCUGCGUGACGAGGUCCGGCUUUUGAUUACUUCCGGCUCGGUGGAUCAUUCUGCCAUAGCGAAGCUCGUUGAAGAUAUCUCGAUCGAGACGCCAGAGCCAGCGGUGGAGUCCUCUGAACCAUAUAAGGAGGUGCUACAGCAUUUCCACACCGACGUAAUGAAACUUGCGACUCAGCAAGCAUCAGCAAAGGAAUUCCUCGCCCUCUGCGACCAACUUCGCGAUGUUCAUCUUUGGAAUCUCGGCAUCUAUCUCGAGGACCGCACUAAUCUUCAAUCAGCUUUGGUACGGCCCCUGGACAAAAUGCUUGAGGAGGCACGCGCGGAAAGCGACACAGCUCUCGCCGCCAAAGCCAAGGCGAAGCUAGACCGACAGGCCAGGGAAGCAGAGAAGGAAAAGGAGCUGCGUGAACGGGCUAAACUUGACCCCUUGCAAAUGUUCCAAAACUCGGAAGAGUAUCUGGAAUGGGAUGAACGUGGUAUUCCGACACUGGAUGCAGAGCGGAAUGCGAUCCCUAAGAAUAAGCGCAAGAAGCUGGUCAAAGAAUGGGAGAAGCAGAAGAAGCUGCAUGAAGAGUGGCAGGCAACGCAGAAGGCGGCAUAG